AGCAGUGGACAGAGAUAGCAAGACACCACCAUGGCCCCGGAUCAGCUGCUGGCCAAAAUGAGGGGCUACUUUCGGAUCCACAGCCUCCUGGCCCGACAGUGCUUGGCAGAGUUUCUGGGUGUAUUUGUGCUCAUGCUCCUCACUCAGGGGGCUGUGGCCCAGGCUGUCACCAGUGGAGAAACCAAAGGGAACUUCUUCACCAUGUUUCUGGCUGGUUCUCUGGCAGUUACAAUAGCCAUCUACGUGGCAGGCAAUGUCUCAGGAGCUCACCUGAACCCAGCCUUCUCCCUAGCCAUGUGCCUCCUGGGACGCUUCCCCUGGUCCAUGCUCCCCAUCUACUGCUUCGUGCAGCUGCUGUCUGCCUUCUGUGCCUCUGGAGCCACCUAUGUUCUCUACUAUGAUGCUCUGCAGAACUAUACAGGGGGGAACCUGACAGUGACUGGCCCCAAGGAGACUGCCUCCAUCUUUGCCACCUAUCCUGCCCCUUAUUUGUCCCUGAACAAUGGCUUCCUGGAUCAGGUUUUGGGCACUGGGAUCCUGAUUGUGGGGCUCUUGGCCAUCAUGGACGGACGCAACAAAGGAGUACCUGUGGGUCUGGAGCCCGUGGUGGUGGGGCUGCUGAUCCUAGUCAUUGGACUAUCCAUGGGUGUCAACUGUGGGUUCCCACUCAACCCUGCCAGAGAUCUGGGUCCACGGCUCUUCACCUACGUGGCUGGCUGGGGCCCUGAAGUCUUCAGUGCUGGCAAUGGCUGGUGGUGGGUGCCUGUGGUGGCCCCUUUGGUGGGGGCUACCCUUGGCACAGCCACAUACCAGCUGCUGGUGGCUCUGCACCACCCUGAAGACUCAGAGCAAGGUCAGAAAAAAGCCUCAGACUUGGAAACUCCUGCCUCGGUUCAGAUGCCCAGCCUCAGGGCCUCUAGGAACGCAGUUGCUAAAAGUAGCCACGAGGGGGUGUCCACCCUGGACGCUGGCUUGGGAGGGCAGCGGGAGUCUGCGGGGUGGAGGGCCGACGGGGGAACUUUCCUCUAG